UGUUUUCAUCUUCUUAUUGGCCAUCAAAACUCCGUACUUUCCUAUCAAAAUGUCGUACUUUUAUGGAAGUGGCGGAGGACAAAGGCAACCAAAAUGGAAUUACCAAACAAAUCUAGAUCCAAAUUUAUUAGCAACAGUUCGAGAUGAAAUGCUUCGGAAAGAGGAAGAAUACCGCAAAGAACAACAGCGGAUUGAGGCGGAACAAAAGAAACUAACGAGUUAUCUAACCCAACUUCAAGCCAUGGUUCGCGAUCUUCCUGGUACAUACAAAAAGAAAUUCACUUAUGAUGUGCUGUCAGGAAUCGCAACUUGUCUUAUUGAUGGAACAGUAUUUGAGAUUGUAAAGGGACUGGAAGACAUACAACAACUUACCGAAAGAAACUUACUCAACAAAAGGAUGAAAAUAGUCAAUUCACAGAAAGCGCAGAGAAUGCAGAUGGCCAAGAAACAUAAAGAUGCCAUUCAGCAAUGUGAACAACGGCCUCAUAAUCUACCUCUUGUGGAGGCAUCAAAUACACAGGAAAAGAAAGCUUUGGAAGAAAAGUUGGAGGCAGAAGUGCUUCAAGUGGAUCAGAAAGUAGUCCUUGAGUUGGACCAGAUUGUUAGUGACCAACAAGCAACACUCCAAAGAGCUGGUGUACCAAUGUUUUCUAUAACAAACCACCCUGACGAAGUUCGCCUUCAGAUGUACAUUUUGGAUUUUAUUCAGCGAAUGGAACACUCUCAAAGUUAGUGGCAACAUUUCUAGGAAGGACUUUACUUUGGAACAUAUGGAAUGUUUCCUUGGGAUGACUUCAUGUACAUACAUACUAGUUGGGUUCAAGUUCUUCAAGAUGUAGUUCAGCUUCCUUUUUGCAUCAGAUACAUAAAAAGAUGUUGAAUUUUUCAAAGAAUAAAUGUUACCUACCCACACAGUAUUCACUUCAUCUUGCCUCCUUGAAGUGCCACCACAGAAUUAUCAUAAAGUUUAGAGUGAAAAUCUACUCACAAUGCAAUCCUUGGAAUGAUCUGAACAUUGCUGUUCAGUGAACUGAACUUGAAAGGUGAUUUUCUCUGUGAAUCUUUCUUGAGAUUAAAAAAAAGAAUAAAUUAAGCCUUCCUUCCCAAACCUUCUUCUGAUGGGAAAAACUUUAUUCAUACCAAAAUAUGCAAAAACUUACAGAUUUUCCCAAAAAAGGCGGACUAACUAAGAAAAAUUUCACACCAAAUUAAUAAACAACUCUGGUUGCAUUUA